ACAAUGUAUUUGCACACACAUUUAUUAGAACUUUAGAUUCAUCUCAAAUUAUCUAGUAAGUGCAAGAUAAGGGUUAUUAAUGAUUGACAAAAUUGAUAUGGAAAUGUAUUUUAUUGUUAACAUUAAUUAACUGAUGGAAUUGUGUUUCAUCCACUGAUAUUUGGAGAUAUAAUUAUAAUGAACAUAAUUAAAUGUAUAGUAUUUAGUUCGAAUACAAAUAUGAAUAAAUUUUUAUUAGUAAUGGACAUAAUUAAAUGUAUAGUAAUUAGUCCAAUCACAAAUAUCAAUCCAUGUUAUUAAAAUACUUUUUUUAAGACAGCAAUAAAUAUUCGCGACUGUAAAUGUAAUAAAAUAAAAUAAAUGCUUUAACAUUGUAAUAUUAUGCUAAAUAAAUGCUUCCACGCCCGCUGCACGCUCAUCAUAUGUACACGCAUGCGCAGACAUCCUCCAAAGCCUCGUUUUGAACUUACCCUGCAACAUAACCUGCUCCGGAGCAGGUUACCUUCAGAGAGUCAGUUGCUAUGGUUACUUACAUAACCCAAAAGUUACCUCCGUUUUUGGAACCGAAAGUAGAGGUUAUCCGUUUACUUACUCCUAAACUUACCCGGGCUAAGUCACAUAACCUGCUUUCUGGAAUACCCCCCAGUUGUGAGAUUGCAGUACCAGUUUUGGCCACAAGUUUUGUGAUUGCAAUACCAGUUUUGGCCACAAUCCUACAUUCUGUUUCUUUAAGUAACUUUUUUAUUUUAUGAGGUAUCCCUCUCUUUUAAAUGCUGGUAAGGAUUUUAAUGGCUAAAUAUUUUUAACCUGUUGUUUUGAACAAUUAAGAUGUUGCCACAUUUAAUAAUUUUAACUCUUUCGCCGCCAUUGAUGAGAUCUCGUCAAUCAAGAGAAAACGCUUCCCCGCCAAUGACGAGUAUUUCUGUCUUUCCGCAAUACCGCUAUUAUUUUUAAACCCGGAAGUAUUGCCCUAUGGCAAGCUGCUGCAUGUCCGUGUCUGUUUUAAAGAUCGCUCUGAAUGGGAUCUUUAUGAAAAGUCCGUCACAAAAAUGGAAUUAUCUCAUCUUUUUGCUCAAUGUGGUGUUUUUGCAGAAACCUACCCACAUUUAAAAGCUGAUUACAAAAGAACUACUGAAGGUAGGAUGAAAGUUUUUUUUGUUUAAAAGCAGAGGGUCUGUUCUUUCAUUUGGUAUAUUGUAUGUUUAUAAAUUUGAGGAAGAACAUUUUCUGGAAGGCAUUAAACUUUUGUGAAAAUCAUGAAAAAUGCUGGCGCUGGCUGGCAACUUUUUUUAAAGAGUAACUAAACCCUUAACCAACUUUUUUUAGUUAAUGAUCUGUAAGAAUGAUGCUUUAUUAGUACUGUUCAUUGAUUUUAGUAAGUUUUUUGACAUUUGGAUAUAAAGUGUUUCAAUACUACAAUAUAUGGUGUAAAAACGUCUGAGUGCUGCCCUCUUCAGGUUGAACGGUGGCUACUGCAGUUGAAUUUUCCUAUUGGAUGUUGGGUCCAAAAAGUAACUCGUGACGUAAGCAGGUUCAAGCUCAACACGCCCUUGUUACGAUCUCACCACAUGCUUGGUACGAGCUUAGUUCGUCCCCUCUAUCUCCGUUGGGGUCUGCCCACUUUUCUUGCUGGCGGCGAAAGAGUUAAGGGCUUCAUCGACAGGGCUUAUCCUAGUUCCAGACUAAAUGCUGUUUGAGCUGCUUUCAUUUUAAAUACCUUGCACUGACAUAUCUUAACAUAUAUCAGUACCAUUGUUUUGUCUCAAAAUGCACACCAGUAUAGUUUUUGUGUAAGAUUUGUUUGUAAAAACUACUUAAAUAACUAAGGCCUAGUCCUGGAUUCAUCUAAACCCUGUAUGGGUCUGGGAAACCGCCCCUUAAUGUCAUGCUCGGGUAAGUUACCUUCAUGGUUUAAGAGACGUACUUCAAGUUUCACUUUCAGUUUUGCAAAUGAUGAGACAGAUCUGUAUUUGCAUGACAUGGCAGCAUAACGGUGAUGCAGCAGUAGUUAUGAGAGCUUCUUGAGACACAACAACCAGUGCUCACGAUACAUUUCGUCUUGUUUAACUUUUGGACAUGUCAAAAGAACAAGUUAGCGGGAAGAACAUUCAGCUCAGUGAGGAGCAGCUGCAACAGAUAGAGCAGAACAGACGUGCUGCUCUCAAAAGACUGGCCAACCGAAACGUACCUGUGCCUGUUGGUGAAAGCUGGCGGAGACAAAUUGGGACAGAGUUUACAAAGCCUUACUUUACAAAGCUUAUGUCAUUUGUUGCAAUGGAGAGGAAAUGCUUUACAGUCUAUCCCAGCCCUGAGCAGGUGUUUAGUUGGACAACUCUGUGUGCAAUUGAAGAUGUGAAAGUUGUCAUUCUUGGACAAGACCCCUAUCACCACGCAGGUCAGGCCCAUGGUUUAGCCUUCAGUGUGCUGAAGCAUAAACCUCCUCCUCCAAGUUUGGAAAACAUAUUUAUGGAGCUGGCAAAAGACAUUGCUGGCUUCCAGCCCCCAGGCCAUGGAGACCUCACAGAAUGGGCGAAACAGGGUGUUCUUCUACUAAAUUCGGUGUUGACAGUGAGGGCUCAUCAGCCCACCUCUCAUGAGGGUCAAGGCUGGGAACUCUUUACAGAUGCUGUGGUCCUGUGGCUUAGCAGCAAUCUCAAUGGUCUGGUGUUUCUGCUAUGGGGCUCAUAUGCUCAGAGGAAAGGCAAAGUAAUUGACAGAAAGCGUCAUCACGUCCUUGAGACUUCCCAUCCUUCACCGUACUCUGCCCAUUUGGGAUUCUUUGGAUGUAGACACUUCUCCAAAGCAAACACGUUACUUAAAGCAUCAGGGAAGAAACCAGUUGAUUGGAAAGCCCUUUAG